GGCAAGAGGUCAGGUGCACAGCCAGCACACCUGAGUCGGAGGAGCCAUUUCCAUCGGUGGUUGUUACUCUGAAUGUCAGAGUUCUUCCGAAACGUGUCGUCUUAUUUGAUUCUUUGGGUGGUCUCUCUUCCAAUGCCACUACAUACCUGGUCGCAGGAGUGGAUUAUUGGUUCACGUGCAUGGUACGUGACAUCAACCCACGAGCACUGUUCACCUGGACACUUGGUGAUCAGGAGCUUCCAUCCAGCAACGUCAGUGAUAUCACGGGCACCAAUGGUUUGCUCACCAGUACCAGUCUGGUUACGAUGUCACCUUUGUGGGCUAACCAUGAAGAGUGGUUGAGGUGCCGGGCCACAAACAGAGAAGAUCAUGCAGGCAGUGACAUAGCUGUAACGCUUGAUGUGAAAGUUCUGCCAACAGUUAUAUCUAUUUACAAGAACACCACAAACGCCACCUACACAAGCGAGAAAUCUCUUCUUAUCGAGGGAGUGGAAAGCACAUUUACUUGUGAAGUACCGAAUGUUAGACCUGCGGCAUCAAUCACUUGGACCCUGGGUAGCCUUACCAUUGAAUCAACUGGCAACAAGGACCUCUUGGGAAUAAAUGGACUAACUACCAGCACAAGUUAUGUCAAACUCUUGCCCUCGUGGGGGUAUCACGGAGAGGUUCUGAAAUGCUCAGCUUCCAACGUUGAUGGAUUUCGCGAGGUGAAUGCCAGCGUUACACUUGAUGUAAAUGUACCACCGCAGAAAUCGUCCAUAUCUCUGCUGGAUUCUGAAGGAUUCAAACUCAGGGAUUCAGUGGACGUCGAUGAGGGUAUCACAUACGCCUUUACGUGUGUGGUGCAGGUUACCAGGCCAGCUGCCACCAUUGAGUGGUUCCUGGAUGGAGUUCUGCAGGAUACAGUCAGUCCCACAGAUGGCCAAGUGGACGAAUUGGUCAACACCACUGGGAACUGGUCUCUGACACCAGCCAAAGAGAAUCAUGGGCAAGAGGUCAGGUGCACAGCCAGCACACCAGAGUCGGAGGAGCCAUUUCCAGGAAGGACGGUUAGUCUAAAUGUUUUGGUCUUGCCCAAGAGGGUUUUCCUAUUUGAUGCUUCGGGAACCCUCUCUUCCGCUAACACUGCAUACCUCAUAGCUGGAGUGGAUCAUUGGUUCGCGUGCAUAGUACAGGAUAUCAACCCAGGAGCAUGGUUCAUAUGGACACUGGGCGAUCAGGAGCUUAACUCGAACAAGGUCCAUGAAGUUGUGGAUACCAACGGGCUGAUCAACAGUACAGGCGUCCUCACAAUUUUACCCACGGUGGUAAAGCACAGAGAGGUUUUACGGUGCCGUGCCAUAAACAGGGAAGGUCACAUGGGUAGUAGCGCAAGCGUGGUAUUGGAUGUAAAGGCCCGACAGAAGUCUGAGAAUACUUUAAGUGCAGACGUUCAAUCGAUCAAAUCCGGUCUAAUCGUUGGCAUUGUAAUCGUUGGGGUUGCAACUGUCGUCAGCAUCGUUAUUAUAGCUAGAUGCAUAUACAUCCGAAAUUCAGCAGCCAACCUUACGCAGGGACGCAAGGACGCAACACCUGAAGUAUCUGUUGAGGAUGAAGAAGAAAAAGAUAUCCCGACAGAAGGGAGUGGAAAAGCUGAAAUUCCUAUGCAAGUGAUGACCUCUGAUGAAGGGAUAGAGCCAAGUGGUUGGAUUGAGUGAAGCCUUUUCCUGUGCUCUGUCGAUGAGUUGUUUUAUGAAUUGAAUUCUCAUUUUACCCUCAUUUGUACCGUGAUUCUCGUAUCCAGUGGUUUGUAUAUAUUUAGCCAUGUUUACUGUUGGGGCUGGACCUUAACUGUACUCAGACGGAAGGCAUCAGAUUCCAUUUUAUGUCCUAUUGCAGAACCAUGUAUUUUAAAAGCAAGGCAGUUGUUCCUGUGUUAAAUUCACGUAAUGCAAUACGUUACGCGAAUCAUACAAAUGCGUUUUAGAAAGAAUCCAUUGCACACUGCACAUAAAAUGAUAGUGGUACAAUGAACUGAUGAAAGUAUGAUAAAUAACGGUAAAAGAAUGAUAAAUUCUAUCCUUUUUCAUUAUUAUGUAUACAUUAUCUCGGGUCAGGAAAGUCCUAUGAGAUUUGCCAUUCGAAGUUUCGUCUUAGCUAUACUGUCAGCAACUUUGAACUCAACACAAGCAACUACGUAUAUAUUAGAAUCCUCCGUGUUUUCAUCUUAGGAUAAAUCAAAGAUCCUAAAAGAUAUACAAAUAUAUGACCAGAUCAUCUUACAGAGUAAAUUUGAAAGCCAUAUUGUCACUUUUCAAUGUGCAUUCGAAAGAACAAAGUAGUAUUUAUUUCAUUUGUCAAUUUGGUUUUGAGCGCCCAUGGACUAACAUUGUGCUAGGUUGUUAUAAGAGGCCUUACACUCAAACGCACCUCUUACUGACAACUUUCAACUUAAUUUGUUAAGUCACACAUUGUCGUUAAUUGGUCAACGUUAUGAAUACUGUAAAACCCUUUUACCAUAUAAUUAUGUACAUGUAAUAUCUGUUUGUAAUGUAGAAUAGGCUUUGUAAAGACCAGUUUUCCUUAUAAAUAUAGAAAAUGCCAAACCACGUGGAAAUGCAAUUAGGCAGUUUCCAAAGAUGUUAACUGCAUGUGAUAUGCCACAGUGCUCCAAAGAUCUUUAAAGGGACCACGAGGUGUUGCACUAUUACUUUUUGCAACUGUAUACUCUUCUCUUAUAAUCAAUGUAUGAAAACUAUUACGUCACGCAUUCCAUUUGCUACUGUAUCGAAGGCAGACUGAGACUAGAUUGUAGAUCUAAAUGUGCCCAUCACAGUUGAAAUAGUUGUUAAUCUGUCAUCAAAUAGUCCAUGAAAAUUACGUAUUUCUAUUCAAAAAUGCAUGCUAAGCUGUUACAAGACAGUCUUGAGUAAUACUUAUUUUGUAUUUAGUUGAAUUUGACCCGAUUAUAAAGAGCAACAAAAUGUCCUGGGUAAAAAACAAAUUAUGAUAAAACAGUAAGUUCGAAUUUACUUGAUGCAAAACCAGUUGUGAAAAUACUCGGAAUAAAUAUUGCAUUUGAACCUUU